GAUCUUUUGAAACGAAACAAAGCAGUUGCUAUACAAACCAUUGUUGGCGCCACAAAUAAAUCGUUCUUCCUUGAUCAUCAAAAUUUUUCAUAUGGAGCACUACAAUGUUGAUAAUACAGAAAUACAACAGGACACCGAUUCUUAUGUGGUUUUGUCACAGAAUUUCCAUACCAAAAACCAGAUAAGUUCAGUGUCAUUGGAAGAAAUAUACCAGAACUUUUCUCAAUGGGAAUUAUAUUUUGUACAAAAAGAGCUUCAGAAAAUGCACCAAAAUUUACCAGAGCAAUACCAACUACAAAUUUCACACGAAUUGCUAGCAAGAUUAGCCAAUUGUUUGCAGAAUAAUCCAAUCUUCGAUCUAGUGGAACAGCUCAUAAAUACUCAACAUGAGACCGAGAUUCAUCUGAUGCAAAUCAGGAAAAAGGCACAACACGAUCACCAAUUGGAAAUAGUACAGUGGGAGUCAAAGAUCAAGGAUCCCGAAGAACUGGAGCAUAUUUUGAGCCUGAUGAAGAUCAAGCACGACAUGAAUAUGGAAAAAACGACCAUGGAGCUAGUGUUGCACUUGGAUCACAAUGUCAAAGACCAACAAAAAGCGCUGGAGGAGGCGGGAGUUCCCGGAUUCCAUGUAACUGACGAUCCAAACGAGAUAAAAAUACAAAUGCUUUUGUUGGAUUUUAUUCUGCGCUUAAGCAAAAUUAAUUUUGAUCAGCCAGAAAAGUACGAAUAAGCAAGUUAGGAGCUACAUAAUGGUUGUAAAAUAAGUGAUUUUCAUUGAGUAUGUACUUUUGUGCAAUUUUUUUUUGUUUCUUUGUUUCUUGACUAUGACUAUUAAUGUUUUGACGAUAAAGUAUGAUUUCACCCUCAGUAAUGACUUGAAAAUAUAAAGGUAUAGAAGAAAUUUA